AUGUUCAACGAAGUUUGCCUUCUUGUAGGGGACUUAGCGGCCCGCCCUUCCGCCGACGCAGAACGGUCAACGUCUAAACCACCCACGGGAAAUACGACGGACGAGGUCCUAUACCGAGGAGACUGGGUGCUCUUCCAUCCUGUCUAUGCUCCUGAUGAGCUCAAAUCCGUUGAGGUCCUCCAUCGAGAGCCUACGACACUGGCGGAUCGUAAUGCGAAACGCUUCAUGCGGUUGUGUCGAGUUGGCUUCGAUAUCGUCUCUGGCUAUCGCCACAAGCCUAUCCCUCCGGAUGCUAAUAUGUCCCUCGAAGAACUUCGCAAGAAGGGUUAUGCCAUGGAUGAGCAUGCUUGGCUGAACCGUAUCCUGUUCUUGGAGUCGAUAGCAGGCGUUCCCGGAAUGGUUGCAGCGACAUGUCGCCACCUUAAGAGUCUACGACUCAUGCGUCGCGACUCCGGCUGGAUCCAUACACUUCUCGAGGAAGCGGAGAACGAACGGAUGCAUCUCAUGACGUUCAUGACUCUUCGUAACCCAGGCUGGUUCUUCAGGAUGCUGAUUCUUGGCGCACAAGGCGUCUUCUACAACAUGUUCUUCUUCUCAUAUCUCAUCUCUCCUCGUGUAUGUCACCGCUUCGUGGGCUAUCUCGAAGAAGAGGCCGUGAUCACCUACUCCCGUUGCAUCCAAGAAAUGGAAGCCGGACGGUUACCCCUCUGGAGCAAUAAACCCGCUCCUGAGAUCGCGAAGGACUACUGGCGCCUCCGCCCAGACGCGACGAUGCUCGACGUCAUCUACGCCGUUCGCUCCGAUGAGACCUCGCACCGCUUCGUGAACCACUCGCUCGCCAACCUGGGCAAGGACGACGUGAAUCCGUUCGCGUUGAGGGAGCCGGAUAUGCAUGUGAAGGGGAAGGUCAUCGAGUUCGAUAGGGACGUGGCGGCGAAGUAUGUGCAGGAUUCACAUGAUAUGCUCGACAAGCAGAAGAAGGCGGUGGAUCAUUGA